AGCACAGCCGCAAAGUCUUAAACCGCACACAUUUCUACAAUUUAUUUUAUUAAAAUCGAAUUAUACACUAACCUUAAACACACGGUUAACCUCAAAUGAAGACCCCACGACUUUGUGGCUGUGUUAUCUAGUGGAGACGGGUUGAGGGACCAUCUCCACGCGGCCGCUUUGUCGGGGGUGGGACUAGUGGUCGUUGUUGAGGAAGGCUGACUGUCCUACUAACGUUACGAUCUUAAAGGUAGAUAGAUAUAUGUUAAAAAAUCUCACAGGUCGGCAAUAACUUUGGCUUGUUUAAAUAAUGGUUCAAUUUCAAAGGUAUUGGCUGAAAAACCUUAUCCUGCAGAGUCCGUACUGUCGGGGAGUUCUACCAUCGAGAAAAAGUUAUAUCCCUGAAUUCUCAUUUUGCCUCCUGUUUGGACAACGAUGCGCUGCAUACAGUACCACAUCAGGGAUCCCUGGUGUGAGAGAACGUACUCUAGUUGCAGUGAAACCAGAUGGGGUCCAGCGUCGCCUUGUGGGGCAGAUCACACAACGCUUUGAACAGAAAGGCUUCAAACUGGUGGGCCUGAAGAUGCUACAGGCACCAGAGGAGCAGCUCUCUCAGCAUUACCAUGAGUUAAGGAGGAAGCCAUUUUACCCCAGUCUCCUGCACUACAUGACCUCUGGUCCCAUAGUUGUUAUGGUGUGGGAGGGUUACAAUGUGAUCCGGACAUCCCGGAUCAUGAUAGGAGACACCAACCCAGUCGAGGCCCAAGCAGGCACCGUUCGAGGGGACUUCAGCAUUCACAUCAGCAGAAAUGUGGUCCAUGCCAGUGAUUCAGUAGAGGGGGCUCAGAGGGAGAUCCAGCUGUGGUUUCAUCAAAAGGAACUGAUGGAUUGGGACUGCUGUGACCACAGUAGUACCUACCAGAUAUGAGAAAGAGAUUGUAGGCAGAGAUCGAAAGAGAGAGUGAAGCAUUUCAUUAUACUGUUGUAUCCUGUGCAUGUGACAAUGAAACUUGAAAGAGUGAACAAGGUAGAACGACCAAUAGGAAUAGUGGCUCCAUAAACAUACCUACCUCUUUGUCUUGCUUGCAACAGUGUCCCACGUGCAAUACUCAUUCCUCUCCAUCGUGGGUGGCUCCAAUACCCCUAAGCCUCUCAGCUACUAUUAUAGUGUUUGGUCCUCACCAUAUAUACAGUGCGUUCAGAAAGUAUUCAGAGCCCUGGACUUUUUCCACAUUUUGUUACGUUACAGCCUUAUUCUAAAAUUAAUGAAACAGUUUUUUCCUCCUCAUUCAUCUACAUACAAUACCCCAUAAUGACAAAGCAAAAACAGGUUUUUAGAAAUGUUUGCAAAUGUACAAAAUAUAAAAAGCUGAAAUAUUACAUUUUACAUAAGUAUUCAGACCCUUUACGCAGUACUUUGUUGAAGCACCUUUAGCAGCAAUUACAGCCAAGAGUCUUCUUGGGUAUGAUGCUACAAGCUUGGCACACGUGUAUUUGGAGAGUUUCUCCCAUUAUUCUCUGCAGGGUUUCUCAGGCUUUGUCAGGUUGGAUGGGGAGCGUCGCUGCACUGCUAUUUUCAGGUCUUUCCAUAGAUGUUCGAUGGGGUUCAAGUCCAGGCUCUGGCUGGGCCACUUAAGGACAUACAGAGACUUGUCACAAAGCCACAGUCUGAACCUGCUCCAGAGCACUCAGGACCUUUCAUCAAGGAUCUCUCUGUACUUUCCUCAGUUCAUCUUUCCCUCGAUCCUGACUAGCCUCCAAGUGCCUGCCGCUGGAAAAACAUCCCCACAGCAUGAUGCUGCCACCACCAUGCUUCACCGUAGGGAUGGUGCCAGGAUUCCUCCAGAAUCUUGGCUUUCAGGCCAAAGAGUGCAAUCUUGGUUUCAUCAGCCUAGAGAAUCCUGUUUCUCAUGGUCUGAGAGUCCUUUAGGUGCCUUUUGGCAAACUCCAAACGGGCUGUCAUGUGCUUUUUACUGAGGAGUGGAUUCCGUCUGGUCACUCUACCAUAAAGGCCUGAUUAGUGGAGUGCUGCAGAGAUGGUUGUCUUUCUGGAAGGUUCUCCCAUCUCCACAGAGGAACACUGCAGCUCAGUCAGUGACCAUCAGGUUCUUGGUCACCUCCCUGACCAAGGCCCUUGUCCCCUGAUUGCUUAGUUUGGCUGGGCGGCCAGCUCUAGGAAGAGUGUUGGUGGUUCCAAACUCCUUACAUUUAACAAUGAUGGAGGCCACUGUGUUCUUGGACCUUCAUUGCUGCAUAACUUUUUUUGGGAACCUUUCCCAGGUCUGUUCCUCGACACAAUCCUGUCUCUGAGCUCUACGGACAAUUCCUUCGACCUCAUGGCUUGGUUUUUGCUCUCACAUGCACUGUCAACUGUGGGUCCAUAUAUAGACAGGUGUGUGCCUUUCCAAAUCAUGUCCAGUCAAUUGAAUUUACCACAGCUGUAGAACCAUCUCAAGCAUGAUCAAUGGAAAUAGGAUGCCCCUGAACUCAAUUUCGAGUCUCAUAGCAAAGGGUCUGAAUACUUAUGUAAAUAAGGUAUUUCAGUUUUUUAAUAAAUGUGCAAACAUUUCUAAAAACUUGUUUUUGCCCUCAUUAUGGGAUAUUGUGUGUAGAUU